UUAGAAUUUCUCUACAGAAGGGCAUUUUCGUAAAGGUGAUUUGAAUUGAUUGGUCCCAUGGUCUCACCUCCUAGGUGAAGUAUCAAUGGGAGGGUCCGCUAAUGACCUCAGGUGGCUUUGUCCAGCGCCAUAGCUCCGGGCUGGACAGGCUGCUCUGGGAGCCUCCUGCAGGGCGUUCACCGGAAAUUGCUUUUGGCUUCUAUUUUCCUGCGGGUCAGGUGAGGUUUGUUGACACCGAGGACUCCCAAAGAAGGAGCAGCCUGAAGAAGAGGGCGAGAGAUCACGCCUGGAACACAGUACCAAAAGCUCCUGGCCAGCGAUGCUGAGCGGAAAGGAUCUUCCAGCAACUCUCCAGUUCCAGAGUUCACAGCUUGCGAAGAAGGUCGUCUUCGCAGCCGAGCGCCGGUGCAUGCCCAUCCACUCGGCUCCUCGAGGGCGUGGGGCAGCCUGUGCUCACUGCGAGCGGAAACCUCUCCUGGCCCCAUCAGUUGUGAGCUUCCCUUCCCGUCUCUCAGAAGCCAACCUACAACUCUAGUAAUGAAUAGUGGCAGUCGGAUGCUUCCUCCUCUCCCUCUACCUAAUUGUCAUCUUAACCCACACGGAAGCCCUGGCACCUCCGAGAACCCGAAGUGCUGCGCUUCCGCGUAUCCCCGGCCACUUCCCCCUGUCCCCCGGGAAGUCGCUGGCCAGUCGCCCAGCCCCGAGUCGGGCUCUGGAGACUCCAGCCUGAAGACAGUGGGUUCGGGCACUCCGCUCGCCCCCAAGCACACCUGCUUUUCCACGGUCCAGCGAUGCGGCUGGCCGUGGUAAUGUCGCCAGUUACCCCAGCCUCCAGAGGAGAAAGACAAACGAACUGACAAUAGCCACCAACACCCCCAAAUCUGGGCUUCCGGGGCCCUCGGUACCGUUUGCCCACGAAGGGGCGUGGCCCCGGGACCCAGGCGUGGGAGCCAGAACUGUUUGCUGCUGGCAGAAGCGCUGUCGGUCGCCAAGGUCCGGGCCGGGUCGGGUCAAGUCGCCGCGGGGCGGGGCGGACAGGGCAGUGCUUUAAGAGGGCCCGGCCUGGGCACGGUUGGACGACCCGCGCCAAUGGAGACCGCCAGGGACUACGCGGGAGCCCUCAUCAGGCCUCUGACAUUCAUGGGGUUGCAGACUAAGAAGGCCCUGCUGACACCCCUCAUGCAUCCAGCUCGCCCUUUUCGGGUCUCAAACCAUGACCGAAGCAGCCGGCGUGGGGUGAUGGCCAGCAGCCUGAGGGAGCUUAUCAGCAAGACUUUGGAUGUCCUGGUCAUCACGACUGGCCUAGUCACGCUGGUGCUGGAGGAAGAUGGUACUGUGGUGGACACCGAGGAAUUCUUUCAGACCUUAAGGGACAACACACAUUUCAUGAUCUUGGAAAAGGGACAGAAAUGGACACCGGGCAGUAAGUAUGUCCCAGUCUACAAGCAACCGAAGAAAUCGGGAAUAGCCAAAGUUACCUUCGACCUAUACCGACUGAAUCCCAAGGACUUUCUCGGCUGCCUCAACGUCAAGGCCACCAUGUAUGAGAUGUACUCAGUGUCCUAUGACAUCCGAUGCACGAGUGUAAAGGCCAUGCUAAGGAGUCUGCUGCGAUUUGCGUCCUACGCCGCCCAGGUGACAGGACAGUUCCUGGUCUACGCAGGCGCGUACAUGCUCCGAGUACUGGGCGAUACAGAAGAGCAGCCAUCUCCCAAGCCUAACACCAAGGGCUGGUUCAUGUAAACAGGUCUCGGCUCCAGAGGCCCAGGUGCAUGCCGUUCAUGUACAUUGACUACCUUUGUUUAUAGGCUGUGGGAUGCCAGGGGAAGGAAGGGGGCUUGGUGGUACACAAUGCGGAGCUCAGGAUUCCUGCAGGAGAAAGGGACCACAGAGGGGGCCUUCAAGGGCCUUCAGAUGGGACUAACAGCAGAGUGUCUGGGAGCAGCGUGCAUAUGAAUUAGACUGUUUGGAUCCUUGCCUGUUGUAAUAAAUCGAUCACAAGAGUCACUUUAAUACCUGCCAUGCUUCCUUGCAGGUUUAUCUCUCUGGAGGGGACCACACUUUCACACAGAAUGAAAACCAGAGCCAAAGGCAUAAAGACAGAUACCACUGCUGUUUAAUCUUUCUUUUUAAUUUUAUUAUAUUAUUGGGGGGGGCGUGUUUUGCCCAUUAUAUAUGUCUAGGCAACAUGUGCAUGCAGUGCCCCAGAAGGCCAGAAGAGGGCGUCGGAUCUCUCCAGAUGAGUUAUGGACAGUUGUGAGCUUAGGACCGACCCUGGGAAAAGCAGCUCUUCACCUCUGAGCCAUCGCUCCAGCUCCAUUGCUGUUUAAUCUUUAUCAGUACACAACGCAAAAGGAAUGAUUUGCCACAUAAGCCAAGGUUUUAGCUGGUUUAGUUUUUCCUUCAAAAGGAUCUUUCCCUCUCAGUGAU